AUGAUAUAUGGACAAACGACAAUGACUUGCAGUGACGUGGAGAAAAUUUUCUUCAAAAUUGCACUUGUCAUCUCGAAAGAAAUAUAUGCACGCGAUGACCGACAUUCGUCUAAUUUCUCGAGGAGAGCAACCCGCGACCUGAUUCGGUUACAUGUGGCCAACACUGUGGAUGGCUUUUGCGAUGGAGCCGAGCAGUUCUGCGAUGAUCUCAAUGAAUAUCUCUUGGACAAUUAUUUAUGGAUGCAGGAUAACAUUGCCAGCUAUCCAGACGAUCCAUACUGGAAACAGGUGAACAUCACCUUGAAUCAACUACUAGGAAUGAUUGACGGCUAUGAAGGAAAGCUGGGUCGGAUCCUGUCAGUGGAAGAAGUCGUCGCACAUCCUCUAUACCUCCUCCAACUAGCUGGUGACAUCGAAGAUUUGUCAACAAAGUUCAGAAAACCAGAGACACCACGCAGUCUUCUCGCUGGCAAUGGCCACUGCUGCUUGUGCGAGCAUGCGAACUUUGCGUAA